GAGUGCGUGAGUGCGUGAGUGACUGAGGGAAUUAGUAAGCGAAUAAAUAAAUAAAUGAAUAAGCGAAUGAAUGGAUGAAUAAUAAAUGAAUGAAUGGAUAAAUAAUGAAUGAAUGGAUUGAUAAAUAUUACUGCAGCAGUACUGUACACAAGAGAUAAUUGUUGUUAUGUUAGAUUAGACGUUCGUGAUUUUUUGUUAGUAGUUAGGAAAACGUGUUAUAAUUUGAUUUACAGUUUAACCGAACUUUCUAAUGUGCAGUGUAACGAUCACGCAAUUAGGUAACAUGAGCCGUAUUGGUCUAUCAGUUAAGCAUGCUAUAUUUAAUUACCCCUUGUAAUUAGGUGUUCCGAACUUCAGUGAAGCAUGGCUGGAAGAGCUUUUUCUUUUGCAGUUCCUCUUUAGAAGGUUUAACAUGUUUGGCGUUUAUUAUGAUACCAUUUUUUUACUGCAGAUGAUUGUGAUAUUUUACGGAAUUGUCUUGAAUUUCUUAUUAGUGGUAUAAGCAAGCUAAGGUUUAUUGUUCUGUGUUUUAUACUCUUUGCGAAGGCUUUGGUGUGUUAAAAAUUUUUCAGGUUUUUAAGUUUUCCCUGAUAUAUGUAGAAAAUAGGGAGAAAUUUUAUGAAAGUAAUAAAAACUUUGAGGUAGUGAGGAUAUUGAGAUUGAAUUUAGUGCUGUAUACAUCGCAGUGGUGUGUUUAAAUAAUUGGGGAUUAUAUAACGUGGCGUACUGACUUUAGUGACAUGCAUACGAACAUGAUAUAAAUAUAAUUAAUUGGCUGACAAUAUGUUGAAUAAACAUUUGAAAAAAAAAGGACUUCGACGUUCGGUUUCCGAUGUGUCUGGCGGGAACUCGAUAUGGAAAAAUAUGGCGUCCGUUGUGACGAACCUCCGCUCCGGAGGGUGUUACAGUGAAACGCAUGCCAGGGAGAGCAGAAUGUUAGACUUGAUCCAUCUCAAGUCACCAUCUGCAACUAACGCUACAGAACCGAAAAUAGUUGACGAAACCUCACGACGAAAGUCUGCCGACUUAAUUUUACACCCACGAGCUGAGAGAGUAAACUCCGCGGCCCCUUCUGAUCGGUUUAGUACAUGUUUAACCCCUACUGCUACCUCCUUCUCUAAAGAUGAACUUAAUGAGAUCUUUAAUAUCAAACGUAAUGCAAUGGAGGUAGAUAAUUCGCCAGAUAAAUCUCCGCAGAAGCAAACAUCGUUUGAGUUUGUCGAAAAUCUGGACGCAUCCAUGCAGUCCACUCACGACACGUCCAUGCAUAACGUCGCGUUAGACCAAUCAAAUAUUUCGCUUGAUAGUGGUUUCGAGCAUAAUUCGCCUGUAAAAACUGUGGACUCACCUUCCGUUCCAACAGAAACAGAAGUGAAUACUUCACUACAGAGUGCUUCGAGGACCAGCUUGCCACCGUUAGACCUUCAAACUAUCAGCAGUAUAAACGAACAAGAGACGGAAACUACAAAAACACCAAAUGAUAAUGGACAGUUACUUAAUCCACGUUCUCCAUUUACACCGAGUCCUGAUAAAAAUGUAUCAUUUUCGCCCGUUCAAAUGGUGUGUCGAGAAAUCUUUAUGACAGAGAAAAGUUACGUAAACGAUCUGCAAGAAGUAAUCGAGGGAUAUAUCUACCAUUUGAAACCACAGACAGAUUUAGAUGUGGAGAGCAUUUUUGGUAAUUUGGAAGAGAUUUACGAAUUCAACAAGGAGGUGUUGUAUCAGUUGGAACAAUGCGAAAAAGAUGGUUAUGAGAUAGACCCGAUUGAAUUAGCAAAAGUUUUUUGUGAGAAGGCGAGAGGAUUUAAUCACCACUAUGCGCAGUAUUGUACAAAUUACCCAGAAGCUUCGUCGUUUUUUUCAAUUAUCAUGCAAGAUCCUGGAAUAGCACAAUUUUUCUUGGAGAGACAGAAAAAGAUCGGCCAUGCUUUAUCUUUGGAGAGUUACCUUUUAAAGCCAGUCCAACGCAUCAUGAAAUACCAUCUUCUGUUUAGGGAUAUUUUGAAAAGAUAUGAUGGUGAUGAAGAAGGGUACAAUACAAUUAAUACGGCUGUUUAUGCGAUGAGUGACGUCGCUGAAUACAUCAACGAGAUGAAAAGAUUACAUGAAAAUGCGGUGAAAGUGCAAGAAAUACUCAGUAAAAUUCUCGAUCUAGAUGUUCCAAUCAAUGUCUUUGAAACUGGGCGUCUUGUUUUGGAGAACACAUUUAAAGUUCAUGGUUCGCGUGGUGACAGGAUAAUGUACCUGUUCGAAAAACUGUUACUGAUUUGUAAGAAAAGUGAAGACAAAUUGUAUCAGUUUAAAGAGAAGAUCGAGUGUUCCAAUAUGAUGCUUGUUGAAUCGUUACCUAAAGAUCCAUUAGCAUUCCAAAUCAUGAGGUUUGAUAACCAGAAAGUUAACUAUACUAUCAUGGCAAAAACUGUAGACAUUAAGAAGCAAUGGACGCAACAUUUGAAACGUUUAAUUCUGGAAAACCAUGCUGCCAUGAUCCCACAAACGGCUCGUCAGGCGAUUCUCGGUGUGGAAGAAAAAGCUAAAAGUAAAUACAAUUCAUUACCCAUCCAAGCAUUAGAUGAUUCAGUUAUGAAUAACCUCCGUAAUCUUACAAAAGCUGGUAUCAAGAGUCCAACUGGUAAAGAAAAUGUUGCUCUACCAGCAGGAGUAAAGAGGGAGAGCAACGAAAAGGAUUCAGCAAACGCUCCGAAAAGAUCUCUUAAUGUGAAAGCCAAAGAAUACUUAAUGGAAAAGAGAAGCCGAAGUAAUCUUCUUCCGCAUUUGCAUCAUAGUCAGCCUUCCCCAGAAAAGGAGAAGAAAGAAAAGAGAUGGAAGCGCAACAAGCACAAACGUAAACCAAGUCUUGAGUCUGAAUUGUUAUUGAAUGGAAGAACUGCUGACGAUGCAGAAAAGGAGGCCGCCGAAGCUCGUCUGAAAUCGAGAAGUUUGGAAUCAUUGAAAGCCUCGAUUAAGCUCCAGGACGAGGAAGAUAAUGACGAGACGGAGGAGAGCAGCAAUAUUUUGCAGGAAAUCAUUAACCAUAACUACGAUAAAAAAGAAGAGGCAACUGAGAAGGAAAUAGAAGAAACUGUAAAAAGUAGACCAAUUUCUAUGGUCGAAGUGGAGGGAUUGACGGACAUUGUGUUAUCAGGGAAUGUCGAGAAAUCGGUUAAACCUACGGAGGCCGAAGACAAAUCUGGUGCUCAAUAUUUACGACCGCGAAGAUUAUCAAAAUCGGCAAGUUUAAAUAUGCACAGUAACGGUGCCGUAAAAACGGACAAUAAUCCUAAACGGAGGAGUUUAUUGAGUGAUAUUGACCCAAUGGAAUUGCUGGAAAAGCGACUCUCCAUCCUCAAUGAUGAUGAUGCCGCUUCUGAUUCGAUUAAGAAUAUGGUGCGCAAAGUAAGCAACGCUUUUAACAGUUCGUUUCAAGCUUACGAUGACAGUCCACGUAGUGUCGUAUCCAGUGAAAUGGAUAUAUCACGUGAUUUGGGUAAAAUCUUGGGCACACCUGAAAAACCUGAUAAAACUGUUUAUAGACGAAGUACUGGUUGUAUGGGAACGACUGGAAUCAAAAUAACGACGUCUUCAAUCGCUCGAUCAAGAAGUGAAUUGUCGGUGUUUAGUGAGAAACCUACAGUGUCAGCCGUCGAUAUAAAAAUUGAGGGUAAACCUUUGAAGGAAACUGAUACAAUGUCAGAUAAUCAAAACGUUGAGCAAACACAAGACGAAAACCGAUGGUCGGCCGAUGUUGACCAGGUGUUUGAUGAAGUAAAUGCCGACCUAGAUAGUAUUGCCGACAGCAUUGCGAGCGAUACAGCGAAAAGCAACGAAAGUGAAGCCGAUGUUGGAGCGACAACUGCUACCCCGUCAAAUAGUACUACUAAUAUAUCGACAUCUGUUGGCAUGGAAAUAAACGAAAGAGCAGCUCUAGUGGAUGCGCGUUUAAAAGAAGUCAAUGUGAAUGAUAUGUCGCCGAAUUCUACGCGAAAAGUUAACGUUGAGGUGAAGCGAGUUGCCGACAGAAUUAAGGAAUACAAAAAACUAAUCGAUGCUGAAAAGCAAAGAAAUUCCUGGCGCAGGCGUGAACCAAAAAGUAUGAAUGAAAUGAUCGAGACAUUAGACUCGAUUAAUACUGUACAAAAUGGAUUGUCUCCAGUUUACUCCACUCACCGGCGUCGAUUUAGAUCGUCGCGGAAUUUUGACAACGAAAACGGACGAUUAAGCUCUGACGACUCCUCUCACGGUGGAUCAGUGAGACGAAGUUUUUCGGAGAAUUUCAACCCUGAACGAAAUACCAAUGCGUCUCUUCCGCUUAAAACGUCGGUGGCUCGAACUUCCUCACAUAGUACGAAUCUAACGUCAGUUUCGGAUAGUCGUUUGUCGGACUCGUCCAGUUCUUUAAGUAGCGGUGAUAUAAAGACUUUAAAGGAAACUGAAAAUGUUGCAAGAAGAACUGAAAGGUAUAAGAAAGCGUUGAAAAAUUUUGAUCAGAGGGCAACUUCCGCAGCGACGUCUUCUAGUAAUAAUCAUUCUCCUCGUGUUCAUCGCGGAAGUGAUAAAGACGACGAUAAUGACUCUUCAGAUGUGUUUGAUGGAUCUGACAAAGAGAAUCGACUAAGUCCCGACCAAUGGAAAGAUAAGUCGACUUCUUUACCUAGCCCCCGUCGUACGAAUGCCAUUAAACGAACGACGCGUCAAAUGAGCGAAGAUUUACAUGAACAAAAAAAAGACGAUAAACCUCUUUUGUGCAAAAGCAUGUCGCUUAAUACCAAAGAGAUUAGCGAAGAAGCGAAGCCUAUCAAGCGGCCUCCGCCUGUGAGCAAGCGCCCUCCUCGCAGUUCGUCAGUUCCACCAGAGCGUCGCCUCAGUUCUGCACCUACGACGGAGAGUGUUAUACACGAGGAGGUGUCUUCACAAUAUGUCAAUCAAAGGUUAACACACCGUGCUAUGUCGGAAACGUCAACAUCUCGCGAGGGUAGAAGUCGAGGCCGAUCGGAUAAUAUUAAAAAUAAUAAUAACUCGAAAAAUGAUAACUCGUUAUCUAGCAAAUAUUGCUCGCUACCAAGAAGUCGUAAAAAGCACUCUACAAGUAGUUCUUCGUCGAAUAUCUCGCAUCGUAGCACCUCUUUACCAAGACGGACAGUUAACGCUCCUUCUCCGACACAUGUCGACGAUUUAAAAAAAGAACUUGACGAUAAUCACAACAGUAUAUUGCGUUCGCCGUCAAUGCGUUGUAUCCAACAGAACCACGUAAACUAUAAAAUAAAGGAAUAUUUUACAAAUUUACAGCGAUCUUCACAGAUUUCAAGAAGCCGUCCAAACCUUGUGCUUGUCGGGGGGAGUGGCAGUUCGGACUCAGAUAACGACACGUCAUCAAACGAUGGACGUAGUAAUUCGCCGACGAACAACCACGUCGAAAUUUUGAGAGGGACAGUACGAUCAAUGAUCAAGCGGUACGGACAAAACCACUAUGUGUUUGACGAUUUUUGAUAGAGAAUGUUAUUUUUUAAAAUGUGAAUUCAAAAUUUGUCAUUUUAAAUUGGACCGUCAAAGCAAUAAUUUGGAGUUCAAUA